AUGAAAUUUGAGGAUAUUGAUAAAUUAGCAAUCUCUACGUUGAGAUUAUUAUCUGUCGAUCAGGUUGCAAGUGCACAAUCUGGUCAUCCGGGUGCACCCCUAGGGUUAGCACCAACAGCUCAUGUCCUUUGGAGACAUAUGAAAUUCAAUCCAAAGAAUGUUGGGUGGAUUAAUAAAGAUAGAUUUGUUCUCUCCAACGGUCAUGCUUGUGCCUUAUUAUACUCUCUUUUACAUUUAUCUGGUUAUGACUAUUCAAUUGACGAUUUAAAACAGUUUCGUCACUUAAAUUCAAGGACUCCAGGGCAUCCAGAAGCUGAGCUACCUGGUAUCGAGACUACCACAGGUCCUCUAGGACAAGGUAUAGCCAAUUCGGUGGGUCUUGCUAUUGCACAAGCUAAUUUUGCUGCAACUUAUAAUAAACCAAAUGAUAACAUGAUAAUAUCGGAUUCUUACACUUAUGUUUUCCUUGGCGACGGUUGCUUGCAAGAAGGUGUGGCUAGUGAAGCAUGCUCUUUAGCUGGUCACUUGAAAUUGGGUAACUUAAUCGUGUUUUAUGAUGACAAUAAAAUAACUAUUGAUGGUAAAACACAAUUGUCUUUUGAUGAAGAUGUUUUAAAAAGAUUCGAGGCUUAUGGUUGGGAAACUUUGACAGUUGAAAACGGCGAUGAAGAUUUGAAUGCAAUCUCAGAUGCGUUAGAAAGGGCGCAGAAUAACAAAGAUCAGCCUUCCAUUAUUAAAGUCACCACAACAAUUGGAUUUGGUUCAUUAAAUCAAGGUAAAGAAGUAGUUCAUGGAUCACCGCUAAAGGAGGACGAUGUUAAGCAGAUCAAAAAGAAGUUUGGAUUCGAUCCCAAUAAAUCGUUUGUAGUACCACAAGAGGUCUAUGAUUUUUAUAAGAAUAAUAUUAUUAACCCUGGUAUUGAAGUUAAUAAAAAAUGGGACCAAAUUUUAGAAACAUAUCUAGCUAAAUACCCUAAAGAGGGGGAAGAGAUAAAAAGAAGAUUAAAUGAAGCACUUCCAUCAAAUUGGGAUCACUGCUUACCAACUUUUAAACCUGAGGAUUCUUCUAUGGCAACACGAAAAUUAUCUGAGAUAGUGUUAACAAAAAUUGUUCAUGAAUUGCCCGAAGUUAUUGGUGGAUCAGCAGACCUAACUCUAUCGAAUCUGACUAAAGCAAAAGACAGUGUUGACUUCCAACCUCCACAAAGUGGGAUAGGGGAUUAUUCUGGAAGAUAUAUUCGAUAUGGGAUAAGAGAGCACGCUAUGGGUGCUAUCAUGAAUGGUAUCUCUGCAUAUGGAGCCAACUUUAAACCAUAUGGUGGUACAUUUUUAAACUUUGUUUCGUAUGGUGUCGGUGCAUUACGAUUAGCCGCUAUUUCCAAUGAACCUGUAAUUUGGGUCGCUACACAUGAUUCUAUUGGUUUAGGUGAGGAUGGUCCGACUCAUCAGCCCAUUGAAACAUUGACUCACUUAAGAGCUAUUCCUAAUUUGCAUGUUUGGAGACCUGCAGAUGGUAAUGAGACUGUUGCUGCAUAUAAAUGUGCCAUUGAAUCAAAACACACACCAAGUGUCAUUGCCUUAUCAAGACAAAAUUUACCCCAGUUAGAAGGUUCCUGUCACAAAAAAUCUUUAUAUGGAGCUUACAUCAUUUAUGACGUGGAAAAUCCAGAUGUUAUCAUCACCUCAACAGGUUCCGAAGUGUAUCUGUGUAUUGAAGCUGCCAAAUUACUAAAAAAAAGAAGCAAUCCAAUCAAGGCACGUGUAAUUUCUCAACCUGACUUUCAUUCAUUUAAUAAACAAACCAAAGAAUAUCAACUUUCAAUCUAUCCGGAUAGUGUACCUGUUGUCUCGGUUGAAGCAGGUGCAACUUAUAUUUGGAGCCGCUAUGCACACGAAAGCAUUGGUAUUAAUAGAUUUGGAUGUUCUGGGAAGGGUUUAGAUGUGUAUAAAUAUUUUAGCUUGGUUCCAGAAGAAAUUGCUAAAAAAGUUGAUAUAAUAUUGAAAUCAUAUGAAGGAAAAGUUGUUUAUUCCCCCAUUAAUAAAGUUUUACCUUUAUAA